UGUCUCUCCCAAAGACCAGCUCUUCUCCCAGCACCUUUCACCUCUUGGUCCAUUGUCUUCCUCCAGCAGACUUAUGCCGAGUUCAUAUGUUCCGCCUGCCGGAGUUUCCCGUGAGUCAGUUGUUCAGUCUUUGGGAUUCUGUCUGUCUUUCUGGAUCCUCCAUUGAGAUGGGUAGGUUUCAGCCAAUCCCCUCCUGUCUAGAUGUGGUGCUAUGGGUGGCCUUUGAAAGAUAUUUAAGAUUGAUGGUCUUUGUGUGCUGUUGUUGUUUUUCAUAAUUGAAUAUUUAUCUGCCACAAAAACUUGCUCCUUUUCAUCUCCCAUUGUUCUUGAUGGGACUGAAGCCACAGCAGCCCUCAGGAAGACAGUGGCCCCCUAUGCUGUGUGGUAGCAGAGGCACUUCGUCUCAUUGACAAUGAGAGAGAGCCUUCUCAAAAUGGCGGCUGUGGCUUCAGUCCCAUAGAACAAUGGGAGAUAGGGGUGUGUUUUGAAAGGAGGCAGUUCUUUGUGGAAUUCUCUGUAGGAAAACAUUGUAUCCUUCAGCCUCUGCAGGAGGAGACAUUUUUCAUUAUGAAGAAUAAUUGGGUGAAAUGACCAUUAAUCCCCAAAGAGAAAUAUUGAAAGGUAGCAUAUAUACAAGAUUUUAGUUAGUUUUAACUACAGUUAGUUUGAGCAGGCUAUGUUGUUGAGAAUAUUGGUGGCAAAAUAAAUUCUGACACUGGGUACUACAUGUCAACUCAACCCUCCUACCUACGGAAUCAUUGCUGAUGCCUCCAUAAGAAUGGCAAUGUAAUAUUUUUGCUGCUAUUCUCUAUCCCUUUCUCAGUACAACCUACCACCAUGUAUGCUCUUUUGGCCAUUCCUGUGCAUUAAACAGAUUGGUUUCACUAUGUUGUCCACAAUGACACGCAGGUCUUUUUUCCCCUGAAUGGUUACAGUUAAUCUAGAAUUCACUGGAGUAUACAAAUAGUUCAGAUUAUUCCUCCCAGUGUGCAUCACCUUGCAAUUGUCCAUACUGAAUUCCAUCUCCCAUCAUACUGCUCAAAUAACUGUAAUUAGUUCCUCUGAUGUUCCCUACAGUCUUCUCUGCACUUGACUAACCCGGUGAUUUUUUUUUUUUAAUCCGCUUCAAAUAUUGACUUCAACAUUCCUCCACCCACUCCCCAAUCUAUAAUAAAUAGAUACAUAAAAUCUGGCCACUUAUUUUGAUGCCUAAGUAGAUGCUGAGCUCUUUAGCAAAUCAGGCUCUUUCUGAUGUGGUCUGGGCUCAGCUUAAUACAGCUGCCUGAGUCUGGACUUUUAGAGAUGUUUGUGCUUUUCCCAAAAGCAUUUACAUCCUCUUGAGUCUGAUGUCAUUCCUCUUCCUUUUAUCUUUUUUCUUUCCUAGCCUAAUCAGCUGCCUUGAGGACAUCCUGUAGCAGAAUCCUCAUCUGAAAAACCCUCCAGUUAUUCUGGACCCUUGUUUGGGUUACCCUCCCGUUAGCUCCUCCACGCCAUUUUCAGCAUAAUGGAAAGUCUGAGUGAGCUUCAGAACCCACUGCUGGCCAAGAGCAGCAGGCAUCUUCACGGUAGCUACUCCUACCAUCAGCAUCACCCUAGUCAUUGCUGCCAGGGGAAACUUUACAUCUUUCAAAACACUGGCAGUGCCAGGACUCACCAGCUGCUGGAUGCCAGUUCUCUGCAGCUGGCUGUUGAAGCAUUGUAUGGUCCCAACUUCAUCCUGGUGAAGGAUGAGACCAGUCUCAAGGCCAAGGACAACAAGGGGGAGAGCUGCGAGAUGACCUUCAUGGAAAACAAAGAGGCCCCCUCUGAGGCUGCAGAUGGGCGAGAAAAACAAGCGCCAUGCCAGAUGGAGAGUGACAUCAGAAUCCAAACAGUGUCCUAUGAGGUGGAGGAGGAAGAAUUCCAGGAGUAUGAGAGUGACUCCUCGAGUGACAGUGAGAGUGAGGAUCAUUUCCUGAUGCUCCCCCCACGAGACCACCUGGGCCUGGCCAUUUUUUCAAUGCUCUGCUGCUUCUGGCCCCUGGGGAUUGCUGCCUUCUACUUCUCCCAUAGGACCAGUAAGGCUGUCUCCAAGGGGGACUUCCAUAUGGCAAGUUCGGCCUCCCGGAGGGCCCUCUUCUUUGCUGCGCUCUCCAUCACCAUCGGCACAGGGGUCUAUAUUGGUGUGAUUGUAGCACUGAUUGCUUAUCUAUCCAAAAGUGGCCACGUAUAGCAGAGACCUUGAUGCCAAAGCUCAGCACUCUACACCCAAAGGCCAGUGCUAGUGGAAUUCACGCUUUUGUGUGGAGCAUAGGACAGAAUGCUUGCAAGGGCCACUGAGCAGCUCCAUGAGUGGAGGGAUCGAGGCUUGGAUGCGCUGUACAGGCUGUUUCCCUUUUACUUGAACAAUAGACUCCAUUCUCCUUUGCACCUUGGACAACUGGCUAACAACAUCCCACUAGUAAAGAAUUCAGCACAGGCUGAAAGUCCUGGAUUCUGAGGCUAGGAGGAGCAUGUUUCACUUAAGGAAGAAUGUUGAAGAGAUAUUUUUAGUUCAUCUGCAAGGCCUGGUGCAGCCACUUAUAGUUUUCAAAACAACAUGUUCACAUUCUAGUCCUGCACUGUGAAUCCCACCACCUAGUGUAUCACAGACCUAGUCUGAUUUUGAGGCAUAUGGGGAAGAGGGCAGUGGGCAAUUAAUUCAUUGGCUGCUCUUCCUUUUAGGAGAGAGGGCUCAUAGGCUGAUUGCAAGAGAGAUUGCUCAGGGGUCCUGUUGUGGGGAGAACACUUCAGUUUUAGGGCCAUAGGCUGGCAACUGCCCCUUUAAUUGCCACAAACUAGGAGGACACAGUGCAGCCCUGAAUAAAGAGGGAGCUCUGGGACUCAGUCUUCAGAACCUCAGCUAACAGCUCUACCACCAGGCUUUACCCUAGUCUCAUUUACCAAUCCGUGGCUCAGCCCUUGGUGAUUCAGACCUAGCUCUUGAGUCAUACAUCCAUUCUGAACAAGACGAUGGAAGGUCAUUUGGGUUGGUAAUUGUGGGUCAUCAUUUCGUGUGUAGAAGCUGGUUGGGAAAAGCCUCACAAUUCUUGGGCAUUAUCGUCGUCACAGUAGCACCUAGUGGCCCAACUGAGAUGGGGAUGCUGUUGUGCUAGGUUCUGUAAAGACACAGUGUAAGAGCUCCGGCUCCAAAGAACUUAGUCUCAGGAGACAAAACAGACAAAGGCUGUGUGAGAAACGGAGGCACUGAGCGCUGACAUGAUUUACCCAAGGUCAUUGAGGUCAGGGGCCUCAGGGGCCAUAGAACCCUAGGCCGGAGCGCUAGCCCCUAGGUUAGGUACCUCACCUUUAGCUUUAUCAGUGAGCAAUGAAACACUCCAGGUACUGCCAUUUAGGGCAACACCCAGAAGAAAAGAUCUUGUUCUGCCCCAAUGCAUCUACUUCCAGGUAAAUAACAACCCCCUCGCCAGAAUUGGCCUGAUCCCAUUCAUGCUGGUCACAGACAAAUAAGGAGGUAAACAAAAAACCCUCUUAACUCAGCUUUGUGUAUAACCUCCAGCCAAAAAUACUCUUUGUUACUGAACAGAAGCUAGAGAAUGAGAAAAUAUAUGUUCCAGGUUUGGAGACUAAAUGACAAGCAGUGGAGCCAAAACCCCAGGUGGAGGGUGGGAAGAGGUGUCUGUGCAGGGCUCUGUGCUGGACGGGACCCACGUUGGAAAUGCCAGUGCCCCUUAGCCCUGCUUACAGCCUAUUGCUUAUGUGUAUAGUGCCAACAACACGCUAGGUGCUUCACAGAUGGAUGUGGAGGCAAGGUCUUUUCCCCAAAGAGCUUACCGUAAAGAGACACUUUCUGCUUCAACCUGAGCUCCACUCCGGCCCUCAGAACCCACAUCUUAAACCCUCCUCACCUUGGGCAGUCCUCCCCGCACUUCUUUCCUUGCCUCCCCAUGCCUCACCCUGAUGGGGCCUAGGCAGGCUCCCAACUCACCCCUCCCCUCCAUGGGGUUUCUGUGCACACUAUAGCAUGUUUUGUAAGAGACUCAGCAUGUUCCUUGAUCCAUGUAUUGUUCAUAUGUACAUUACAUUCUAAAGCAGCAUGUUUAUAUCUGAAAUUUCUAUUGUACUUGAGCCAUAAAAGAAGGAAACAUACAAGAGAAGAGACCUGUUCAGAAGCUUCUCUGAAGGUCCCAUUAUAUUUUAUAACAUGAAAGAGUUAAUAAAAGAGACGGAAACAGGAA